GAAGAAUUUUAAAUGAGUUCAAUAGGUAUUGAUUUGUAAACACCAACGUGAAGGCAUUGAAUACAUGUUUUCCGAUUUGUACAACCUGUCAAUGAAAGCUUCUCUAUCGCGCUGAUAAAACUAUGUUAUGAUAUAUGAAAAGUUUCAACCGCGAUAUUUUCUUAUUUUAAAUGUAAGGAAAUACAAUUUUUAAGAUGCUUAAAUGACGGAUAUUUGUUUUGGAGGUGUUAAAGUUACAAUUGUGAUUUAAAGACUUUUUUUCUGAAUAUAAAGAGAGAGAAAAAGGUAAAAUGGCGUCGCCGGAGAUGGGGCAGCGGCCAGAGACGGACAGUGUCUAUGAUCACAUGACCCGGUUAAAGAUGAAACUCGUGCAGCAGAAAAUUCAAAAUGAAAAAGACAGAAUUGUUAACAGACCUCCAUCAGAAGAAAGUAGUGGAAAUGAUUUGGAGAACCAAGCACGACUUCAACAAGCUAUGUUACGAAGACAGGAACUUCUUGAUAAAAUUAGGAGAGAACAGUUACUAAAUGAUGAAAACAAGAGACCGCGGACGUACAGCGCUCGUAAAAGAUACACACCAUCUCCUCUUCCUCCUCCAUCACGAAGAUCUUUACCUGACUUCGCCAAAUAUCAGAUGUAUAAUCAGGCUCCGGAAACCUACAGAUCAUACAGACCUGAAAUGUCCCAAGUGAAACAUGUUAUAGAACAUAAAGUUGCAACAGACAGAAAUCCACGCUACUUGCCACCAAUAAAUCAACAACGAGCACCCCCAGUUAUAGUUCAACAACAACAACCCCCUCAAAUAAUACCUAUGCAGCAGCCUGCCCCACAGAUAAUUCAGGCUCCGGCCCCACCCCAUAUAAUCGCAGGAGGCUAUCAAGCCCCAAUAAUACACAAUCUAGGAGGACCGCCCCCGGAGAAGAAGGGGAUGUUUGACAAAGCAGAUUUUGGAGAGAUGAUGAUGAUGCAGAAUGCUCAAAUGCAUCAAAUGGUGAUGCAGAAACUGAUGUUGGGAAAUCUUGGUCGCCAAGAGUGUUACGAUAACCACAACCAUCAUGGCUCCUCAUGCCAUGAUUCCUGCCAUGAUUGUGGUUCCGGAUGUUGUUCGGCACAUGGUGUCCACGGACAUUGUGGACAUGGUGCCAUUGGCUGUUAUGACCACUGCCUCCCUGUUCCGAGACUGGCAGGAGGAGCAGUACAUCAUCAUCAUUAUUCUAACCCACCCAGUCAACCCCAAGUACAACACUAUACCACUAUGCCUGCUAUGGACAUACGACCACAAACUAUAACUCAAUAUGAAACUGUACCAGCGAUGGAAUUACGCGGGGCACCAUAUAGGGGUGAGUUCUAUGGUGGUGGUUAUGGUCUCUACGGAGAUGCGUAUUCGUAUCCCUACUCUUCUUAUGAAUAUUAUGUAUGAAAACAAUGGCAGAUCCCAUCAUGCACCACAAAAACCCUGAAUACGCUUCACCUUACAUGGGUAAUGGUUACACUCUUGGUGGUUAUGAUGAGGGAGACAAUUAUUACACAUAUCACUGAUGAAUGACCUUCAACUUUUUAUAAGGUGAAGUUGACCUUUGAUCAUGAACUUUGACCUCAGUGGAUAAUUGCAUUUAUGAUACUAUCUGUGAUAUACAAUGUAUUUAAAACUGUUGUAGAACAAUUUAUGUGAUUCAAGGAUCAAUUUAAAUGAUGAGAUUACAUUUCUCAUAUCUGCUGUUGUGACCUUUGACCUCAUUUUUAACAGUGACCUUGACAUGCCUAUUUUAAUCUGUGAUGGUGAAAAUGUGAAUGCAUGGGGUAGACAGUAGGGAUAAAAUUAUAUGAUAUAAAAUAUGUUUGGUAUGAAUUUAGAGAAGAUAUAAUAAACUGUAGUUAUAAUAGAUACAAGGCAUUACUUUCAUUUGAAUCAUGUUACAUUUCUUUGAAAGCUUUAGCUCAUUUAGGUACACUGGUUCAGGAAAUGAUUUAUGGGAAAAGGUGAUCAACAUAAUUUUUCAAAAAUAGCCAAUUAAAUGAAAGACUAUUAGGCUGGUCUGUCUGA